AUGAACUAUCAAUUAAAUGUUCCGAUAUCGGAGACGGAACUCCAAACAGUAAUGGAAAAACAAAAUCGUUUACGCGCUCGAUUACUUGCGUUUCGGGAACAGGAAUCGAGCCGAUGUAGAACUUUACCGCCGAUGAUUGACUUUAAUUGUUUAAAUGGUAAUGAUUCGAAUCACGCGUAUGUCGAAAGGGAGCUGCCUGUAUUGGCUACGUCAGGAGCUCGUAUUGUUCGGACUGCUCAAGGUUUAUUGAGAGCCGAAAAUUCAAAUAGCCGGGUUGGCGAGCUUAUUGUUCUCGCAACCACGGAAAAUGAAAUUAUGCCGAUCCGAGCCAGUGGAGUCUUCGAUAUCGAGCAUAUGGGUGCAGGUGAGAAUGAACCAAAAUGUUUACGACCGUUACAAGUAAGUUUAAAUUGUCCUCCAUGUGUCAGAAAACAGAGUACUGAUAGCGAUAGUACAUCAACAGAACUUUGUGACGAACAUGAACAUUCGAGUGAUAGCGAAGAUCAAGCUUCUUUGUCAGACAACCCCGGUGCAGAAUUAAUUGAUGAAAAUCAUCCACAGUUAAGUGAUAAUCCAACGUACUGUCCUUUAACUUAUUGUCAACCAAGUAUGAAAAAAGAUUUAUUGGUCGAUAAAGUAAACGAAUGUAAAAACAAAAUAUGGUUGAAGGCUGGUUCCUCUUCACCCAUCAUUAAAAUUACCGAUAAUAUCCGAAGUCUUUCUGCAGAAAAUAAUUUAAUUGACAUUAAUACGUGCAUUGAUAAAGAUAAUUUGAGAAACGAAAACAAAAAUGAAAUUCUAAAGUUACAAGAUGAAAAUUUUAUAAUAUGUUCAAAAUCAUCUGUCCCAAAAAAUAUUGAAGAUCAAUUCAGUAACUGUUAUCAUUCAAGUUCAAUCAAAACUAGUUUCCGGGAGAAUGACAAUAAUACUUCAAUAGACGAACAUUAUGAUAGUUCUAAAGAUCCUUCCAUUAGCAACACAUUAGUAAGAAAUGACGUUUUAAACGAAAACUCAACUAUUUUGGUGAAUAAUGAAUUAUCAAGUGAUAGUAUUUCAUCUGGAAUUUUCAUUCCUAAAACACUGAGUAAAGAUGAUGCAUUAAUAUUCGAUUCUUAUUCAUCAUCCAACAUAAAAAAAAAUAUGAAAGAUACAGUAGAUGACUCAAAUUAUGAUGCCAUAAAUUUCUUACCAAUGUCAACAACUAUCGUUGAUCGAAAGAUACUAUUAACUGACUUAGAACUGUUGACAAAUAAAAUCACUGAAUCUAAUGAGCAGAUAAGUUAUGAUGUUUUACAAAAAAAGCAUACAUUUAUACAUAACCAAGCAGAACCAGAGAUGAUUCCUAAUCACUUUUGCUGUCUUAAUGUUGACGAAGGUAGACAGCAGGAUAACCAUAAACUCAAUAAGAUAAUUUGUAAUUCUAAAGAAUCAGCUAAAUCAGACUCGAAUGGUUUCUGUAUUAUAAAGAAUUCUCAAUCACAAAAGAAACAAAAUUGUUAUCACUCGAAACAUUAUUCUGUAAAUGGAAAUUUAAAUACAUCGCAAUUGGUCUUGACUCAGUCAGAUAAUGUACACUCAAGGUUAACUUUCGACUCAAGCUUACUUGAAAAUAGCUCUAGAUUGAAGAUUGAUGGAUCUACUUCAUCAAUUAGUUUUAAUUUGGAUUCUUCCGAUCAUGAAGUUGACGUUUCUCCUAUUAAAUCCAGAACUGAAUGUUUGAGAAACUCAUUAGAUAAUCAUAUGGUAGCCGAAAAUAGUGAGAAAUUAGUCAGCUCCAUACUCCAUUCAUCAAAAAAAGGUACCACAAUUGAAUGUGCUGCGCACUACAGACACCAAAAUGACUUUUGCAAAUUUCCAUGUAAACCUAGCCGUAUAAUUUCACCUUUUUUUCCUAUUAUAGGUCCCAUUAAGAAAUCUCCAUCACCAAAUCAUGCCAAUGAAAUGGAAACGAAUAACAAUCAAUUUAAAAAUAUUUUACCCACGAGAGCGACAAGUUUAAAAGAGUCUAGCCAAUCAAAUUUUUAUGAUCGAUGCAAGUUGCUAUCAUUCCCACAAACUAUCGAUACAAAACCUAUCCAUGAUUUUCGCACAGAAUGUUUUGAUUUUGCAAAUACUUCUGCAACUCAAUUCGUAGAUUUGUUGUACUGUGAAAAACCAAAAAACGAAGAAUUGAAUAUUCUGGACUUAGAUAUGAAUAGUUUGAAUUUUAAAAGGCUAACAGAUAAUGUAUCUAUUUCACAAAUGAAAUCUGACGAUCAAUCAAAAUAUUUGAAUAAUUCAAAAGAAAUUGAUUAUUCAUCACCUCAAUUAUGUGAAUCAAAAUUAUUUGAACAGAAUUAUCGUCAUUGUAAUAAAAAUCUUAAGAGGUGUGAAUAUUCUAUACAUGAUUCUGCUUGUCAAUUCUUUGAAGGUGAAGUCAAAAUUCCGGAUUCCCACGUGUUAACCAAUCCUAGUAAAAGUUAUGUUGUUGAACCGAAAAUUCAAAUGGAUGAAAAGAGUGACAGCUUUCUAAUCAAGUAUACCAAAAACAAAGAUAUUGAGGAUUCAAAUGGUGAAAUUGAAUGUAAAUUAGGCGUUUGGACUAAAGUUCAACCACGAAAAAAGGGUCAAAAUGGGCGAAGGGAUAGUUGUGAUCGAGCUUUGAAAAUAAUACAAGAAAAUUCAGCAAUUCUUCACAAAAUCCUCAGUUGCCAGGCUAAGAAAUGCCUACCAGAUUUGGAAGAAAUAUCACAAGAAAUUACAAUCAGUCCUAUUAAUGAGGAAAUAUCAAAAAUUUUUAGCCCAAUCUUAGAGCACAUCGGAUUAAACGAGUAUGAAAUAAAUGAAGAAUUAGCGACUAUUAAUUUCAAUGAUUUCAAUUCAAUGAGUGGUAUUGGACAAUCUGAAUAUGAUAAAAAAAUUAAUAUCGAACAUUCUCAACUUUCUGUAAAUGAUGAUAAAGAACUUUGCCAUUUUGAUGAAGAUAGAAUCUCAAUAACUGAUUUCUUGUAUUCAAGAGAACCUUUAAUCCAUAAUAAGAUGAAUAAGGAACGCUCAAGGAUGAUAGACAAGUGCAAGGGAAAAUCGCCAAAUAAUUUAUGCCUCUUCAAUGAAUUUUCUAAAAAAAGCCCUAGUGAUAUAGAAGCUCUGAAUAUUUGUAGCUGCUCAUCGAAUAAAUUUUCCCAAGAAUUUUCUGAGAAUUUAGAACACAAAAGAGAUCACCACUUCUUCAAAGAUACUUGCAGUCAUGCUGAAAAGUAUCCAGAUUAUAUAGAUAAAUUGAAAGAGUAUAGUACAGAAUCAAUAUGUCCUCGAGCUGAAGAUUUAUUUUUCAACAGUGAUAUUGACAUUUAUCGUGAAUUAGAAAAAUUGGAUAAAAUGUCACCACAUGAUUCUAUGCAAUCGAAUUUCCCUAACAUGAUUCAGGAAUCAGUGUCACCACUCAGCCCUAUUAUAGAAUCAUCGGCGCGGUCUAAAAAAGAAAUCGCUGUGAAACAUCAUGAUGAAUUCGAAAGAACAUCUAAUUACAUAUCUCCAGAUGUUUCUCACACUUCCCAUGAGCAUGAUAAUGUUCAAGAUGAUAUUUUAUUGAAAAGUUCAUAUCAGUUUCGUGUUUGCUAUGAAGAUGAAAUUUCACCUAGUCGAAAAAUAUGCACGGAUAUUUUUUCUCUGAACUCUUGUAAAACCGAUCAAGAAGCAGUUCAUUUAAGUAAAUCGCCUAAUCUUUAUGAUGACCAUUUAAAUGUCGAUAAACAAAACACUUCAGUCGCUUCAAUGAUAUCACCUAAAAAAAAUAUAGAUGUCGACAAAAAAUUUGAUUCUCAGUUAUUGAUACUUCAAACUCCCUAUCAUAAGCUAUCAGCUGAUUAUGAAUACUCUAGAGAAGAUGAUUGUACUCCGAAUAGUAUGGAUACUUUAUGA